GAAAAAAUUCAAAAUCAACCAAAAAUGCUAUCUUUAAAAUUAUUUAUUUUGAUACCGGAAAGAUGGCAUUACUUAUUCAACGAAAGAACAAAAUUGUAUAUUUCUACCCAGGAGCGGACUGACCAUUGGGAUUCUCGGGCACUGCCCGAGGGCCCGGGGUCAGUAAGGGGCCCCAUGAGGUGCCCCUGGCACCUUUCAUAGGCUUUUUUGAGUGUGGGCGAGGACACAGGGGCCCCAUGAUCCCCUAUUGCCCGGGGGCCCCAUUGUCAGUCCG